AUGUUUUGGAUAUUUUAUAUAUUAAGAUUAGCCUAAUCAUCUUGUUCAUACACCAAUUUUGAUUAAUUCUAAUUGAAUAGCGCUAGCUUUUAUCAAGAAAAGUAGUAUGUGAGAGGAAAUCCAUAUGCCUUUGGUGUAUGGACACAAUAGGCUCCACUUAGAAAAAACUUUUAUGGGAACAAAUCAAAACCAUAUUUUGAUUCAACCCGUAGUCUUGAUGGGUUUCAUAUUCUUAAUUUUCAAAGCGGAGGUAGCAUAUAAACAUUGUUCUAUUAAUAGCCAGUUUAUGUUACAGGAUACCCAAUACUAUCUGGGGUCUUGUCUUAUAAAAUUCAGUAGGGACUCUUUUAUUAUGAGGGAUAUUGGGUUUUUACCUAUUUUAGUUUUAGCUAUAAUAACAAAUACAAUUUUGCAUCAUAUAAUACAGGGGAUAAUCGCUUUUAUAAUUUUUUGAUCACAGAUAGAAGAUUGACUGUAUAAACAACGAAUGUAAAAUUAGAACAUGGAGGUUAAGGAUUAUAUGUCAUAGGAACUAGUAGUUAUAAUCUAAAUUUAUUUUCGGGAAGGAUUUCGAUAAUUACGACAUUUGAAAGUUCAAUUACUUUUUUCUUAAAUACAGAUAAAGUUAAAUUUUAAUAAUUUAUUUCAAAUUGCUAUGUUCCUCCAGCAUGUUAAAAACCUGUGGAAUUAUAUUUCUUUAAUGAAACCUAUAAUUAAAAUAAUUUUACUGUUGCCAAUUAUUAUGUCGAUAUUCCAGGGUUAAUCUAUAAGCUUGAAUUUUGGAUGAAGAGAGAUUCUUAUAAAAUAAGCUCACAAAAAGAAAUCUUAAUAUCUUUUGGAGGUAGUUUUUCAACAUUAGAUCGAUUUUACUAAUUAGUAUUGUUUUGGAAAGCUGUAGAUCAAGAUGUGGGUUUAUUACACCAAUUAGAUUUUUAUGAAUUAGUACCUGGUGAAAAGAUAACUGAUAAUAGUUUUUCUGACGAAACAUACUUUCUUAAACCUAGUAAAAACUUUGAAAAAUGGAGCUAUUUUAAAUAUUAAUUUUGGAAGUUUGGACAAUCUCAAAUAAUUUAGCUUUCCUUGUAUUAAUCUUGCUGUGACACAUGGUAAGUAGUUGAUUUGUUUGACAUUCCUAAUAGCCAAUAAUAUUCUAAUUAUUAGGCCAUAAUAACAAUAUUCACAUAAUAAAAAGAUGUAACUGUACUGCCUUUUGAAGGUUUGAUUUCAAAUUUAAGAUUUACAUAUUGUUAUAAUCUAGAAUAUGUAUUUGGAUAAUAGUCGAACUAAAAUUGUAAUGCACUAUGUAAAACUUGCACAGGGCCUACCCAAUAUGAUUGUGCAUCCUGUUUUGAUGAAUAAAAUAGAUACUUGUAAACUGAUCUUCAUUAAUGUUACUGUAAAUCUAACUAUGAGGAAGCAAGUGGUUUAAUAUGCCAAAAAACCUUUUUAAGCUCUAUAUCCGAGUAAAAAGAGUUAUAUAAAGAGUUCAGUAUAAUUGAGGUAUAGAACAAAUACAAGUGUAGUUAUGGUUAUUUUGAAGUCUGGAAGGAAUUGGAAUUCUUGGGAUGCAUUAUAUGCCCUUAUUUUGGCCAAGGUCAUAAUUCAGUAAAUUGCAUUAAUUGUAUAUUGAAUUCUCACAAUUGGUAUUUAAACCCAAUUUGUAAUAUUGAUUACAGAACUGAUGACUCUAAAUUCUAUUAUAAUCAAUAAUUAGAUUAUUAAUCCUAAGAAAUAUUUAUAAUCAAUUUUGAUUUGAUGGUAACAGAAUAGUGUCCUGGAUGUGAAUAUCUAACUAAAACAAAAAAUUCGCAAUCCAUUAUUAAGAAUGUAAAUGGAUUAAACACCUAUUAUAAAUGCAAAUAGUAUUUAUACCCUAAAGAUAAUUCUUGCAAAUAAUGUGAAAUGAAUUGUAUUAAUUGCAAAGAUGCAGAAAAUUGUAUAGAGUGUAAUUAAGGGUUUUAUAUAAAAAAUGAUCAUUGUUAUCAAUGUCCUUAAGGGUGCUUGUCGUGCAUUUUGGAUGCAGAAUUAGAGUAAUUAAAAUGUUUACAUUGUUAACAAGGCUACUCUUUAGAAAACGAUAAUUGUUAAAAAUGUGGUGAUCUUUGUUAAAUUUGUUAAAAGAAAUUGAACAAAAAUACUGGUAAAGAAUAUAUGAAGUGUUUAAAAUGUAAUUAUAAUGCUUAUAUAUCUCUUGAUGGGGAAAGCUGUUACUUUAAUAAUUUAGAUCAUUGUAUAUACCCUUUCCAAUUUUCCGUUAUGUCUAAUUAAAUAAACACCAUAUAUUAUGAUUUUUAACCUUAAGAAUCUCAACAUAUUAAAACUGGCUGUACCUUCUGUUCAGCUGUUUCCCUAUUGGAUACUGGCAAUAAUUUGUACACCUGUACUCCUUUAGAUUUUUAUUCAAUUGAGACCGGAUGCUAAUAAUCACUGGUAAUAUCUGGGCUCAGAAUUUGUGCUCUUGGUAUCAAUAAUUUAAUGUUAAUUGGAGUUGGAUAUUGCACUCAUUUGAUUCCAAACUGUCUAUUUUGUUACUAAAAUAAUUGGGAAUCUAGUUAUAUAUGUUUUAAAUGUGAAGAUGGUUAUUAUACUGAUUACUAUACAAGUUUUUGCAAGCCAUGCAAUCCAGAAUGUGCUACUUGCAUUUAAGUUGAUUCUUCCAAAAUAGUAAAGUCUGCUAUUCUAAUAUUUUUUCUUACCAUAACAAAUGAAAAAUAAUUAUAUUAUUAGGUUACUCAAAACCCUAAUAAGAAUGAAAUUGAAUUGAUAUGCACUAAAUGUUCUGAUGGCUAUUUUAAACAUUUUGAUAAGUGUAUCUAAAAAUGUCCUGAUAAUUGCAAGGAAUGCAAAAUUAUUAAUGAUUAGUAGGUAUGUAUUUCUUGCAUUUAAUUCAAUGAUUCACAUUACAAUGUUUAUAAUGGAAGGUGCAUUUAAUGUCCUUAAAAUUGUAAUAUAUGUCAUCUUAGAAAUGAUGAUGAAAAAUUAAUGAUCAACCCAUAUUUUAACAAUAAAGAUUUAGAGUAUUUUUCUCAUAAAUGUAUAGCGCCAUAAUCCAGUGACUUAUAUUACGAUUAGGAUAUUCAAUAAUUUAUCAAAUGUGAUGAUAUUAAUGAAUGCUAAAAAGAAAUUAUUAUUGAUAUUCACAUUUAUUGUAACUAAAUUGAUUUAGAUAACUAUCUCAACUAAUUGAAUGAUAAAUAAAAAGUAAUUUAGAGAAAAUUUCACAUUCUUUUGGAAAAUCUGGAUUUAUCAUUAUAUGAGUAUUAUGACUAUUUUCUCUAUCUUAAUCAGAACUUUGUUAAGAUAGUUACUUAUUAACUUACGAUUGCAGAUAAUUAACUAUGUUCUUUGAAAAAGGAACUAAAGAUCUAAUCAAAUUUAUAAACAAAUAUUUUUAACUUGAUUGAAUUAAAUUUGAUUUUAAAUGGAUCUGGUAAUACUCUCUAAUUGAAUAAUCACUUAUCACUUUCAAAUUUUACUCACAUAAGAAUUUAAAAUUUUAAUCUUCAAAUUUAGACUGGAUUUAUAUCAAUGAAUAAUAUUAUUAGUUAUACUGUCUAGUUUGAAACCAUUAAAAUCUAUCAAGAUUAAACUAGUAUUUCAUCAUAAGAGUGUUUAUUCUAAAUUAGGGAAUCUUCUGAAAUUACUAUUUCAAAAUUAUAAAUACUUAAUAUUAAUGUCCAUUUUUUGAAUGGAUUAUUUGUAAUUAAUAAUCAAAAUAUAAAUACUAAAUUAAUAGCACUAGAUAUCAAUAUAAAUCACGUCAAAAUUAUGAAUACGUCAAUUAUAAAUUAUAACACAUCCCAAAAAGUAGAAACUAAAAUAUCAAAUCUGCAUAUUUUAAAUUCCUAAUUUAUAAAUACUACCCUAAUGGAGUAAAUUUACUAAACUGAAAUUAUGGAGAUGGAUAAUUUUAUUUUUGAAAAUUCAAUUCUAUUAAACGCUCAAAGUUUCUUAAAUUUUGAAUAAAUUUAAAAUGUUGAAUUAAAUAGAUUCUAACUUUUAGAAUCAAUUUUACAAAACUCGAAUUUUAUAUCUAGUUCUAAAAUUCUUUUAUUGACAGAAUUCGAUUUAUAAAAACUCUCAUUUGUAGGAUAAUCCACAUUUCUUAUCAAUCAAAACUAGGUAAUUCUUGAAUUAAUAUAAAUUAAUCAUGGUAAGAUCAUAGAUAAUAUUUAUUCUAACAAAUAUGCUUUCAUUCUAUUAUUAAAUUCAGAAGCUGUUUAUCUUAAUAAUAUAGAAUUUAUCAACAAUGCUAUUAAUACUGAUAUUUAAAAAGAUUCUCUUUUCAAGAACAUUGAAUUAUCCUUAAUCAAUAUUUAAUCUAAUACUGUGAUAUUUGAUACUUUAAUGAUUCAGAGAGGAAUAGGCUACUCUGAAUUCACUAUUAAAAAUACAAAUACCUUUAAGCUUAUGAACACUGUGAUAACUUUGCAUUAAAAGUAUUAAUUUUAGAGUCUUUUUAAUAAUCAAGAAUGUAAUUUAGAACCAUUCAAUUAGUUUAUGUAUAAUAAUUUAGUGAAUUUAUAAAACAGCUCGUUCAUUUAUGUUUCAAAUACAAAUAUCACAGAUAUAAUAUUAUAUAAUUCAGUAUUAUUUGAAAUUCAAAUGCUUUCAUAGAUUAGCUCAUCAUACUUUUUUAUCAAUUGCAAUAUUUCAUCCAACAUUUUGCAUCAAGUAAAUAAAUAUGAAAAAGUAUCUUUAAUAUCAAUUAAUUCUAAUUAUUAUUUGAAUUUGAAUAUAACCGGAGUUACAUUCUCUUCCAAUUUAUUAAAUUUAUUAAAAGAAAGUAAUCCUUAAAAACAAAGUCUGAUUUUAUUAGUUGAAGCAUAUUAAGCUAAAAGUACAAUUAGUCAAUGUUUAAUUCAAAAAAAUAUGAUUUUGAAUGGCCAAGGAUCUCUUAUGUACAUUGACGCUGACUUAAUAAAUUUGGAAGACACAAAGUAUUUUCAGAAUUCAGCCUUUGUGUAUGAUACAUUAAAGUAAUUCCUCAGAUGGGGAUUGGCAGAAGAAAUCUUUUUAGAACAUUUAUAGAAAUUAUAUAUUAGUUCUAGCAGUGGAGGAAAUGGAAAUUUUUAAGCCCGAUCAGUUAUAUUGAACAAGAUUUUAUUAUAUGAUUCUCACUCAAUAUAAGGAGCCGCAUUCGUAUUAAAAAUGAUUGAAGAUGGAUAUAUACAGAUUAAAAAUUCACACUUUGAAAAUUUACAAGCUGAAUUAAUCGAAUCUUCAUUAGGAGGAGCGUUUCAUAUCUAAUCUUAAUCAUUAUAUUUAAGAAUCGAUGUAAUUAGUACAAUAUUUCUGGAUAUUUCCUCCAGAACAGGAGGUAGUAUAUUUUAUAUUAUUCCUUCAACAAAACAAUUUAAGAUUUCUUUACUAAAUUCUACAUUUGAAAAUAUUUUUUCCAUUUAAGGAGGUCUAAUUUAUAUAGAAAAAUCUAUCCAUUAAUAACAAGUUAUUCAGAUGAAUAAAUGCAGUUUAACUUAAAAUUUGGAUACAUUUUAUGCAUUUAUCAAUUCUCUAUAGGAAGUAUCAAAUAAUGAACUCGCAACGUUAACAUAACAAUAUUCACUGAUCCAUUGCUAUGAUUGCUAAUUUUAAAUAAGAGAUUUAUAGGUAACAAAUUAUCCACCUACAUCCUUAUUUUAAUUAUAUGGAAGUGCAAAUCUCAAGAAUAUUUCAAUACAAAAUAUUAUUUUUUCAAAUCAAUUAAUACAAUUUUCUCCAGUAGGAUAAUCUGAUUAAAUAAUUUUUCAUAAUAUAGAAUUUUACAACUGUACACAAUUACAGAUUAAUGAAAUGGAUAUUCCUUCAAAAAGAAAUGCAAAUCUCUUAAAUAGCAGCUUGAAUACAACUUGUAAUGAAAAUUUAAUAGAUGCUCCUUCAUCUAUUAUGAGUUUUAAUGAAAGUUUCUCUAAUAUUAAUCAAAUAGCCCUUUUACAAACAUUAUUAUCUUAGAUAUUAUCAUCAACAGUGGCAAUGAUAUUAUUUUAAUUUACAGAUUCAUAUCAAUAACAAAAAAUAAAAAUUUCUGAUAUUACUCUCUAGAACAAUGAAUGCACCAAAUGCUCAAAUGGUCUAUUGAAAUUUGAGAAUAGUAAGAAAAUAUCUAUAAUUAUUUCGUAAAUGAUCAUAUCUAAUUCAUAUUGCGGGAAAAAUGGUUGCAUUUCAUUCAUUUCAUAAGAUAAACGUAUUCUUUAAAGUUAGGUCUCUAAUGGAUCUAUAGCUAAUUGUGCUAUCAGAAUAGAGGAUUUGUAAUGCAUAAACAAUUAAGCUUAAUAUGGAGGUUGUUUGUUUAUCCAAAAUUAAAUCAUUUCAAUUAUAAAAAGUAUGAUAGCUGGAAAUACAGCAGUAUAUGGAGGUGCCAUUUUUACAAAAGGAAUUAAUUCAACAUUAAUUUCAGAUAAUGUAGUUAUUACAAAUAAUUCAGCUUAAUUUGGAAGUGGAAUUUAUAGCUAAGAUAACUUGAAUAGAAAUGUUAAAGGAAUAGAGUUGAUUGAUAAUUCUGGAUAGAAUCAAAUUGACGAGCAACCUUAAUAACUAUAUUUAUAAAUCUUUAAAGACUAAAUAAUAAAACCUACGAUUGUGUAAAAUUCUUAAUAUGACCAAAAAUCUUAAAUCAUUGGAAAAGAUGGAUAAAAUUCAAUUAUUCAUAUACCUACAGGAAUUCCAUUAUCUGAAUACAAAAAAUUUGAGAUAGAAAAGAAUAAAUACAAUUAUCAAACUAUGCAAAUGAGAAUAUAUGCAGUUAAUUCAUAAUUAGAAAUUGUUAGAAACCUAACAAAUACCUAUUGUGAAUUACAAAUAAAUAAUUUGAACAGUAGUUAAUAACAAAAUUUAUCAUUAAAUAAAAAUAAAAUUUACUUUAAUUAAUCAACAUUUUCAUAUAAUUUAGAUGAUUUAAUCUUUUACAUUCCCUCAGAUUCAAAUUAAACCUUUGAAUUUACUAUUAAAUGUAAUAGCAUUUAUAUUCCAAUAAUAAACAAUAAAAACCAUUUAAUAGAGGGAUAUCAUUAAAAUUAUGUUUUGAGUUUAUUGAUUAAGCCUAAUGACUGUUAAAUGGGAGAGUACAGUUAAUCUAAAGAGGAUUAUUGUCAUUAAUGUAUUGUAGACUAGAAAUAAUAUUCUGUUAUUGUAGGAGCUACUAGUUGUCAAAUUGUAGACGAUUAAAAGAUUUAGGAAAUAACCUAAGCUUAAAUAUUUUUAAAAAAGGGUUUUUGGAGAAGGAAAGUGACUACUUCUACUAUAGACUUGUGUUUAAAUAAUCAGCUAAAUUGUAUUGGAGGAUGGGGAUUUGGAAAUGAAUUAUGCUAAUAGGGCUAUCUAGGUGCUCUUUGUGAAUAGUGCGAUUAUUAUAAUGAGAGAGGAGGAGGAAAUUACUAAAGAGAGAGUUUUUUCCAAUGUUAAAUUUGCUAAAAUGAUAGCCUACAAUAGCUAUUUAAUUUAUUGAUCACAAUUUUAAUGUAAAAAAUUUUAUUAAUUUAAGAUUUCUAUGUCUACUUAUAAUAAUUAAUUAUUUAUCCAAAAAAAGGCUUUAAUUUAUUCACUUACAUAUUUAAUAAGGAAGCACUUGAGGGUUAGAGCAUAAAGAUUAUAUUGUUCUAUUUUCAAAUUAUCAGUUUUACAUAAGAAUUAUCUCCUGUAUUUUCAGAUUAAAUCUAAUAGUUAAUUCAUUUUCUAGGAGAUCCUUUUUCAUUGUUAGGAAUAUAUAAAGAAUGUUAAUUAAUAAACUUAGAAUUUAGCGUAAUUUAUUUAUAAAUCUUAUAAAAUUUUAUAUUUUUGCUGAUAUUAAUGACUAUUUUUGUUUGCUUAAUUUUGGCCAAGACUUUUAUGUCAAAAUAAAAAAACCUAAAGAUGGAAUUAUUUAAUUUCAUAUAUCUAAUAUAUAUCUUCGUUGUUGGAAGUUUUUUACGAUCUAUGAUACAACUUAUAGCCUUUAGAGAUAUUUAAGAUGUGUAUUGGAUUUACAAAAACAUUUCAUAUGAUUACACAAAUACAAAUCAUCUUAGAUUAGUAUUAUUUUUAUUUUUACCUAUUGUGAUAUGCCUGGGGAUUGUUUUACCUUUUUUAUUACUACAAAAGUCAAAGUCAACCUUAUUUUUAUCAAAACCAAUUCCUUAUAAAAACUUUGGAUUCUGGUUUACAUCUUACUCAAAAGAUCAUAAGCAUUGGGAAUUUUAUAAAUUUUUAUUGGUAAAUGGAUUGAUAUGCUUAAUCAUCAUGAUUGAUGCAAAUGCUACAAUAAAAGGAGCCUUAUCGUAUUUUCUACUCAUCAUUUAUACUAAAGUCUGUUAAGACAAUAAUAUCUAUUAUCAGAAGUAAAUGAAUAGAUUUGAAAGUUAAUUAAAUAUUAUCAGUAUCAUAAUCUUAAUCUCUUGCACACUGUUUUCUAUUUAGGAAAACUAAGGAUCCAUAUUUAAAAAUAUAAUUUUGAUAUUCAUAAAUUCUAUAUUUAUAUUGAGUGGAGUUUUUAUGAUCCUACAUUUAUGGAAAUUGAAUUCCUUUUAUUUAAGAAAGAUGUUUUGUAAAGGAUUUGAAAGAUUAGGAAAAUUUAAUAAGAUAUUUAUUAAGUAUAACAUAUUUUAAGCUCAUUCAAACAGUUCCAUAUAAUUAAGAAAUUAACGGUUUGAAUUAUUAAAAGCUUUUUUAAAACAGCAAAGCAAAACAUCAUUAUCAAUUAAAAAAGAACAAUAAAGCUCUCAAGAAUAGAAUUAAACUUAAGGAAUUUGA